AUGGAGGAGGUCACGGUGGAGGUCAAAGUGCAGGAGUUCACACCUGGGAAGAGAGAUCGUGAAGAGGAGCCAGGCUUGGAUAUCGCUGCUUACACGCCGCUGCCACGGCCACAGCCGCCCCCAGAGGCACUGGAGCACUUGAAUCUGGUCACAGCGGAGAUUGCGCCUUUGCGCGUGUUGCUGUGCGGCGACCUUUAUGGGCGACUAGACCUGCUGCACAUGAAGCUGCUUGAACUGAGGGGGGAAGUGGACUUCGUCCUGGCCGUUGGCCGCUUUUUCCCGCCCAACCCCACGUGCAGCCGCAUCAGCGAGUAUGUGGGCGUGUCGGCGACACGUAUUUUGCCCGUGCCGGUCUACUUCAUCGACAGCAGCUCGGAGGUCUUCAUCAACAAGUCUGCAGAGCUCAGCAAGCCGAUUCUCCUGCAGGAGAAUCUGAGCUUCCUGGGCUCCGGCAUUUCAGAGCUGCACGGCUUGCGCGUCGCCUUUCUCUCUGGCUGUUACGACCCUGGAGUCUUCAAGCAGCGAUGGGGUCGCGGCUUUUUCUCCGGAGCAAACUACACCUCAGCCGCUGUGGAGAAGUUGGAGAUUCAAGCUGCCAGAUUCCCGCGAGGCGAGCGGAUCGACAUGUUGCUGACCUCUGAAUGGCCGGACCGAGUUUGGUCAGAGCACCAACGGAAGUGGGUGGCAAGCAUGGUGCGGCCUGAGUGCACAAGCCCCGCUGUGUCACGGUUGGCGGCAAGACUGCGGCCGCGGUACCAUGUGUUUGGCCAUGCCGAUCGCUAUGGCAUUUGGCACGGCCCCACCGCAGCCUUGGCCCUGGCGCACGUCAGGGAGAGCUCCCAGGCCUCUUGGUGCCACUUUAUGCAGAUUGUGCCCGCCGCGCGGAUCUUGGAGAAAGUGGUGGACCUGGAUGAGGAUGUCGAGGAUGUCAAGUUGCCCAGUCCCUUGCCCCUGAGCCGGAUCCGGAUUCCGAAAGGCAAAGUGCCGAUGAAAAAUGCCGCAGGUUUGCACAUCCAGGACGCCACCUCGGACAACUACUCCGAGGAUGUGUAUGAGGACUUCGAGCCCUGCUCUGAGGACGCUGCGUCGAAUGACGAGGACUCCCAGCAGGUAGCAGGUCCUCAAGCGGACACCGAGGGAGCCCAUGUGGCCUUCGCUGGCAUGGGUGCGCCACAAGAGGCCGAGGACAGGCCAGAAACAGAAGCUGAAGAGCGCUAUAGUGAAGACGAGCAUCCUAGAUCAGAGGGCUCAGGUGGCGCUAGGACUGAUGAUGCGUACAGUAUGGCCUUCACCAGCAUGCCUUCUGGGCUGCAAGAGGACAAGACAGAAACAGAAGCCGAAGAGCGCUAUAGUGAAGACGAGCAUCCUAGAUCAGAGCGCUCAGGUGGCGCUAGGACUGAUGAUGCGUACAGUAUGGCCUUCACCAGCAUGCCCUCUGGGCUGCAAGAGGACAAGACAGAAACAGAAGCCGAAGAGCGCUAUAGUGACGACGAAUACGAGGAGGAGGACAGGCAAGACAUAGAAGCCGAAGAGCGCUACAGUGAUGACGAAUACGAGGAGGAGGACAGGCAAGACAUAGAAGCCGAAGAGCGCUACAGUGAUGACGAAUACGAGGAGGAGGACAGGCAAGACAUAGAAGCCGAAGAGCGCUACAGUGAUGACGAAUUCGAGGAGGACAGGCAAGACAUAGAAGCCGAAGAGCGCUACAGUGAUGACGAAUACGAGGACAGGCAAGACAUAGAAGCCGAAGAGCGCUACAGUGAAGAGGAGCAACCCAGAUCAGAGGAUUCAGGCGCUCGGACUGAUAAGGAAGAUAGGACGGAUGAUGCACACAGCGUGGCCUUCGCUAGCAUGGCUUCGGGUCUACAGGACGAAACCGAGGACAGAUCAGCAACAGAAGCCCAAGAAACGAUUGGUGAAGAGGAGCAACCCAGAUCAGAGGAUUCAGGCGCUCGGACUGAUAAGGAAGAUAGGACGGAUGAUGCACACAGUGAAGAGGAGCAACCCAGAUCAGAGGAUUCAGGCGCUCGGACUGAUAAGGAAGAUAGGACGGAUGAUGCACACAGCGUGGCCUUCGCUAGCAUGGCUUCGGGUCUACAGGACGAAACCGAGGACAGAUCAGCAACAGAAGCCCAAGAAACGAUUGGUGAAGAAGAACAACCCAGAUCAGAGGAUUCAGGCGCUCGGACUGAGAAGGAAGAUAGGGCGGAUGAUGCGCACAGUGAAGCGGAGAGGCUGCCUAGAUUGGAGGAUGAUGCGUCAAGCAAAGGUGACCAGAAAGCGCAGCGACCGGAGGAUUCUGUUGGCGGAGAAGAGAAAGUGGAUCAGGUGCACAGCGAGGCAGAUCCGACACCAGAUGCAGAACGCGAGGGUCAAGAUCAGUGUGAAGCGCUGGAGACCGGAUCGGACUCGGAGGCAGCAGGCGUGGAUGACGGGCCGCAAGUGGAGGAGGAUGAGAGCGAGAGGCUGCAGAAGGAGCUCCAUUUGACUCCUGCUGAAAAGCGGGCCAGGUUUGAAGGCCGAGACCAAUCAGUUGUGGCUCUCCAGAAGAAGAAGAAGGUGCGAACGCCAGCUCGGGAGGCCGCAAAGCUGUUGUCAAGCCUGCGGCAACUGGGAGGUGGCAGCAUUGGAGUGGCAUGGCGCCGCCUGUUCGACGUCGAUGAGGCAAAGUUCCCAGAGUUCUGCUGCGCCCUGGUGACCCUCCACUUCUCAGGAGAUGUGAUCCGCCUGUGGCACGACCUUGCAGGGCCUUCCACUCCUGUGCUCAAGCUCGAGGCUGUGGAUCCGGAGAGUGCCUCCCUCCUGCAGGCCUUCAAGGCGUGGUGCACGUCGCGCCUGGGAGGUCCAGUCGAGGUCUUCAGGGCCAUAGACCUGGCCUCCGAUGGCAGUGGCUCUGUGAAGACUGAGAAGUUUGUGGAGGGCCUUCAGAAGCUGGGCUUCUUCCAGCCGAAGGGCGCAGCCUGGCAGAUGAAGACUCCGGAGCUUGUCCUGCAAAAGCUUUGGCCGCUGCUGGAUCACCAUUGCCGGGGGUGCAUCACCACGGAUUCUCUGCUCUUCUUGGAGAAGGAUCCUCAGAAGAGAGCUGCCGUUCACCGAGAGAGAAACAGGCGUCCCAAACGCUCGCCAGAGGGGCACAAGAGCGACAAGAUCAUUCACAACCUGCUCUUGGAGACUACGGCUAUGGGCAACAAGCACUGGUCACAGAUUCCCGAUGGCCAUGUGGCCGUUGGCCGACCGCUCAGCGGGCUCAAGGAGCCCAAGGAGCCCAAGGAGCCCAAGUCCAUGUCUCGGGCCUCCUCGGCACCCAUGCUGCAGGCGGAGGCGAGCUUCCGACAAGCUCUCCCGAAGAGCGCCAGUGAUACCGCUCAGGCAGAUGCUGAAGACCUGCCUCUGCUGGAUCUGAAGACCAGGCCCAAAGUCACUCAUGCCCGGCGAGCCUACUGCAGCAGUCUUGUGAACUUGCCUGUGCUUUGGGCACCGCCGGAGUCGACGGAGGUGACCAGCUUGAAGCGGCCCAAGAAGGUGUUCAGCUUCGACCCCACGAGGAUUCAGAGCUUCCUGUCCACACCGGGGGAGGAUGUGUGGCGCCACUACUUGCAAUACUUCGGAGAGGGCACAAGUGAUGAAGGCGCUCACGAGCCGUGCAAGUGA